UAGGGUUUUACCUGGGAAAAAUGGAUCCAAAAUCCAGUGAUGUCGAUACGAUUGAAGGAGCAAAUAUCGAGCUAGGGAGGACGAGAUCCAUGGAACUAUCCACCGAUUUUGGUUUCUUGGCUCUGGAAAAGGCCGAGAUUUCUGCGGCAAGCGAGGGGGAAGACGAAGACGAGAAGGCAGAUGAAGAUGAAGAUGAAGUUGAGGAUACGGACAGUAUCGAAAGCGAUCAAGAAUGGGAUGUUGAUAGCUUUGAGGGUUUUGAAUGCAAUUCUGAUCCUGAAGACACUGAGGACUGGCGGCGAUACCUGCGUCAAUGUCACAAAAGCGAGGGUUUCGAUGUGCCACGAGAUUACCUUCCGACGAAUCCGGAUCGAAUUUACUGUGGAUUUAAUCCUCUUGACCUUGAUGCCUACUUUAGUCCCCCCGACAUUUCAGGGCGGGAGUACAUGGAAAACAUGCUCAAAGUGAAGAAGAAUUUGGUGAUGGACCAUAUCGUGAGGGCCGUUGUGAUAUUGGGCGGUGGGGUCAAAGCAUAUAUUACUUUCAUGGCUAAGGAGUCCCCUGAAGGAGAGCUUGUGGAGUAUCAAGGCAAAGCUGAAUGGAAGGUCUGGCAGAGAAACAUCCAUCCACUCCUCUGCAGACCAGCCUCUGAACAGAGACAGUUAGAUUGAUGAUGCGGAUCCUGCUAUUGUUGCCAUGACUAAAAACCGAGUCAAAAGAGUUGUCGUUGUAAAACUUAUAAGCUUGUUAUGCUGUUGUAAUGGAUUUAAUUAGAAACUUAUUUAAUUAAAAGCAUUAAGACCUCUUAUUAUUGUUGUAAUCUACUGAGCCAAAGCAUUUAUGGGUUUAUCCUUGUAAGCUGAAACUCGUUAAUCUAGAUGUCUUUUUCUGUUUAAUAUGUUUGUGAGUUUUGUCUUUUAACUCUCGAGAGUGGACGAUCAUAAAUUUGUAAACCAAACUAUAUGUACCAGUCCAGUUACUUGGCAUAUAUAAUAUAUCUUGCUGUUGCAU